AUGAGAGCAACCACACGUAACCAAAACGGCCUCAUCGCGUGGGAGCUGAUAUAUGAUUGUGUCACAGCUGAAGCACAUUCUACUGUUUACGUGGUUUACAGCACAACGUUGACCAGCUGUAAUGUCAGUUACACAGUGUCAGAGCCCACUCCAGACUUUCACCUGUCUGUCAGUCGGACAUCUAAAUCUGUCAGUGUAUUUGUGGAGAGUGAAGACAAAGUUUACACCAAACUGUGUUACCAAAAAAGUACAGGGAGGUGCAUUGGCACGUCAACUUUCACCCCAGUUACUAUUGAUCCAUCUCAGUCUCGAUCAGCUGUUCUUAACAUUCCUUACUGGCUGCCCUGUGUCUGUGUACAGGUUUAUUACACCCACACGGAUGCCCGGCGUGAUACAAGGUGUCCCUUUCAGAAUGACAACAUUGUCGAUGUGGCCGAUGUUUGGCUCUCGAGCAGAAUCGAACUGUACCCAUCAAACUUGAAGUGGAUCUCUGAGUGUCCUGCCAGCACCCUAAAUGUCUCUGCUGCCCUCUGCUGGAGACAAAACGAACAACUCUGCAUAAAUAUAAACUCCACGCUGCAACAGACAGAAAACAAACAUGUCACAAUGUAUAACACAUCUGCUGUGGACAAACACCCUCAGAUGUGUGUGCAGUUUUCUCUACAAGGCAGUCAUCACAUCACCUGUCCUUUCCACUCUGAUAUGUCUUCAUGGGCUGUGCACAUUGAAAAAGGCAGGCAGGGUGUGUCUGUGUGUCUUAGCUCUUCUGUGACGGCAAACUUCUCAGCUCAGCUGUGUUUCCUGACUGAAAGAGAGUGCACACCCAAAGGACCCGUCCACUCAGUAAAAGUGGAAGCAAACACAGCUGAGACUUGGAUAAAUGUCCCUAUUCGUUUUCCUGAUCAAAAACCGUGUGUGCAGGUGUGGCAAUCAGAUCCGGCUCUUCAAGGACAUAGAAUCCUGUGUCCAGACUACACACACCAAAGAUGUGGGAUGUACAUAGUGGCGGCGUUGUUGUUUGCGAUUAUUGUUGCAUUGCUGGGAAUCUCCAUACAUGGGAUUACAAGUAUACAAAGUGCAGGUUGGAUUUAUAUACAGAAGCCAGUUUUGCUUGUGUGUUCAUCAGAGCGGUCAACCCACGUGUCUGCCGUGUGUGCUUUGGCCUCCAUCCUGCAGGGGGAGCUACGUGCCAGAGUCAGCUUGUCUCUAUGGGCUCAAAACUCACAGAAGAGUGGGAUGACUGGGAGUGGGAGUGGCUUGGCAGAUGUGGGCCCUCUUCCCUGGCUGUAUGGGCAGUGGGAAGCUGUGUGCGAGGCUCAAGGAAAGAUGCUGCUCAUCUGGAGCCCCGAAGCCAGAAGGUCAUAUGUUAAAUGGAGGGAGGAUGUUAAAUGGAGGGAGGAAAGGGCCAAAACGGGCAAGACCGAGCGAAAGAAGGAAACUGACAACAGGAAGAAAGUGAGACUGGAGGAGGUCUGGAAAGCAAGUGGAGAAAGACUGGAGAAGUGCAAAAAAGAGGGAGCUGCUGGGAAACACAAUGCUGCACAUAUGUGUGAUGGCAAGGAGUUCGACCCCAGAAACGCACACUCAUCAGUGAUAGCGCCGGUCUUUACAGCUGCUCUGGCCUGCCUAGAGGGGGUGCUACAGGGGUGCAAAGGACAAAGAGUCGCCUUCGUGUACUUUGAAGGCCUAGGCCACAGUAAGGACAUUCCGAAGGCCUUCAGAGGGGUCCCGCGGUACUGUUUGCCACAAGACCUCAAGGGCUUGAUACAGGAGCUGGCAGAGCCGAGGCAACAGACACAAACUGGUAAACCGGGUCAGCACUGCUGGCCCAGACUUUUCUCUAAAAUAUUCUCAAUAUGGCUGGCAAGACGGCUAGCACACAAACUACAAACAAUGCUGCCUGAGGCGUCGGGAAAGAAAACGCCAAAGAGGAAUUUUACAUCAUCACAGGAAAUGAUGUCAGAGAGGACAGGCAGCAGGCUCAAGUUGCCAUCGGCGGCCAAAGCAUCAACUGUACGAGAACAGGAGCCACUGUGCAGGUCACCGUACAGAGAAGGAGAGCUUUAAUCUCAGGUUUCACCUCUUUGACACAAAGGCUUUUUUAAAAUCCUAGAAACUUGAAACGGGAGAUACGAGAGUCGGUGUUCCAUUAAGAGCACUUCGCAACCAGUCACCCUGGAAGAAUGAGCCACCAAAACACACAGCGUUAACUGUCAGUUUUGUAUUUUCAUGCUCCUGACUGCAGUAUCUGACAUACAAAGAGAGAUAGUUGUGACUGAAGGUAUACUGAACACCUGCUUUAUCUCUGCAAAUAUGCUAAGCACUAUGAAAAUCUAGUUGCAAAUUACACCAGUUGUCAACACGAGUGCUGUUAAUGUGUGAAAGCGUUGUGGCAGCACAGCUGGCAAAUGGGCCGCUGUCUAACAGGAGCACGCCACUUUGCAUAUUCCUUUAGCUGCACAGGACUUAGACACCCCCUCC